UGUGUACAACAAGUGAAAGGGUCCUGAGUGCCGCAAAAUAUUACUCAAAUAUUCUAUCCCAAAACCCUAAAGUUUUGAUCUCCAAAAGUGGCCUGUGAGGAGUAAAUUCCUUCGAAGUUGGUUUCAAUCGAAUCUAUCAGGAUGCCGAGCUCAAGACGUGCGAUUCUGAGGCACAUAUUGUCGGGGAUAUGCACCAAAAUGAAUCGCACCAAGUCGGUGCCCACUGACGUCAUGGAGACGCCGCUGAACCGAUGCCUCAACACCUUCGACAUCGCUCUUUUGGGCAUCGGCCAUAUGGUUGGCGCUGGGAUCUACGUGCUGACUGGAACUGUGGCCAAGGAGAUGGCUGGACCAGGUAUCAUACUAUCCUUUGUCUUGGCCGGAUUUAUAUCCAUGCUGGCGGCUCUUUGCUACGCGGAAUUCGGAACUCGAGUUCCCAAGGCGGGAUCGGCCUAUGUGUACACCUACAUCUCGAUGGGUGAGUUCUGGGCCUUCGUCAUCGGUUGGAACAUCCUGCUGGAGCACAUGCUAGGAGCAGCUUCGGUGGCUCGGGCAUGGAGUGGAUAUGUGGACUCAAUGCUGGGCGGUUGGAUUGGUAAUACCACUCUGGAGCUGACUGGAGGAAUCCAUGAACCGGGUCUCGCUCAAUACCCGGACAUCCUGGCCUUCCUCGUCUGCAUCGUUUAUGCGGCUGCUCUGGCCGGAGGAGUCAAGGCCACGGCGGUGUUCAACAGUCUGCUCACCCUGGUCAAUAUAGCCGUCAUGAUCUUGGUCAUCAGCGUGGGAUUUUGGUAUGCGGAUAGCAAAAAUUGGUCCGAGGCGGAGGGUGGCUUUCUGCCCUACGGCGUUGGAGGAGUCAUCGCGGGAGCGGCCACCUGUUUCUAUGCCUUCGUGGGCUUCGACUCGAUAGCCACGUCCGGCGAGGAAGCCAAGAACCCAUCGGUUUCCAUUCCAGUUGCCACGGUGAUCUCUCUGUUUGUGGUGACAGUGGGUUACAUCCUGGUGAGUGCGGCCCUGACCCUCAUGAUUCCCAUCAGUGAGAUCAAUCCGGCUGCCUCGCUGCCCGAGGCCUUUGGGCAACUGAAUCUAUCCUGGGCAAAAUACCUGAUCUCCAUAGGAGCUCUGUGCGGGAUGACGACCACCCUGCUGGGAUCCCUGUUCGCGCUGCCCCGCUGCAUGUACGCCAUGGCCUCGGAUGGGUUGCUGUUCAGUUGCUUCGGCAAGAUCAACCCCACCACCCAGGUCCCUCUACUCAACCUGGCCGUAUCCGGGGUGUUGAGUGCUUGUCUCGCCCUGGUCUUCGAUCUGGCCAAGCUGGUGGAGUUUAUGUCCAUUGGAACCCUGCUGGCCUACACCAUCGUUUCGGCCAGUGUGAUCAUCCUUCGCUAUCGACCAAUGGAGCGAAUUCAUACGACCAUUAGAGUGCCAGCGGUGGCCGGAAGUCCUGAUGACGACGAUGAUGACGAUGAGGAUGUGGCCUCGCAGUCCAGCAUGGAUACUUCUUCGCCCACUAGUGAGAUGAUCGAGGAAGUGUUGGCGGGCAGACUUAAGGCCCAGUUCAGGUGUUUGGAACCUCUGCUGGGACGCUUUGAGCCCGGAUCCGUGGUCUCCGUAGCCGUGAUGAUGUUCAUCUUUUUGAGCUUCGCCAUCUGUGUGGAGCUGAAGGUGUCGUGGACGCAACUUUACACGGGCACCUGGUGGGCCCUGAUCAUAUAUGGAUUCAUCAUUUUCGCCGCCAGCACUUGUGUGGCCGUUAUAGCUGUCCAUAACCAAAAUACCCGUGGCCUGAUUUUCAAAGUUCCCCUGGUUCCAUUCGUUCCGGCUCUUGGAAUCUUUUGUAACAUUCUGCUGAUGGUCCAUUUGGAUGCCGUGACUUGGGUACGCUUUUUCGUAUGGGUUUGCAUCGGCAUGGUGGUGUACUUCCUAUACGGAAUUCGCAACAGCAAAGAGGGUGAGGUCUGCUCCUCCUACUCCAUCCUGAUGACCACUUCCGAAGCUGGUAAGGUUCCGUGGGGAUCGUUCAAGGGAUCUUCAGGGGGUAAAAAGAGCAGCAAGCACACCAUCUUUGAGAGAUUUACGGGUCGCACCAAGGCGGAGGACAAGAAAUCCAUUGUGGAGGAGAGUGAAAACGAAACCUCUGGAUAUUCCUAAGUCAAUUCUUCCAAAUCGUAUCCAAAACAUGACAACAGAUCAGGGACUAAAAUCGAAACAAAUAUCGGUUGGAAACACAGAGAGAUAUUUCAGUUGCGGUAUUGGUUAAUUAUUUUUAAAAUCUUAAAUGUGAAUAGCUACGAAUGUUUAUUUUCAUUUCCAUCUAUAUAUUUAUUUGCUGUUUAAAGCAUUUACUGCCUAAUUUCAACAUAGUACUAUUAUGAAAUAUGUUAUAAUAUUUUCCACGCAUUGAUCCUCGGUUAGCACAAAGGUUUCGCUUAUUAUUUUGAAUCGUUGUGAAGCUGAUACAGUUCGAGGUCCUGUUACAGGUGUACUUAAUAAAAUCUCUAUAAAUAACCCAUUCGAAUUCUUCGCAUUCCAAAGAAACCCAACGUUGAACAAGACAUAUAACGAAUGUUUUGGUAUCUAUUAUAGCAACGUACCUUUACCACUUAGCUGUCUAUAGUGUAUUAUCCCAAACAAUAUUGCAGAAAUGGUGUAAGACAAACAUAUUUACUCUGCAAACGUACAAAUAAAUUUAUUAAACGUUAUGCACACACGGCAUUUGUUGAACAAUAGUACAUACAUACAUGUCUUUAAAUAAACUAUAUAUAUUUAUAACUGUGUAAAUAAGCAUAUACAAUAUUAUAU